CUUUCCUCCUACUCACUGCUCAGUGCUGUGAGGCUUGGCUUCGAUUGUAUCAGCAUCAUCAGAUUCAUCACCAAACCCUGUCACUGUUUUUAGUUAUUAUCGUUGCUUAUUCGCUUGUUCAGAUUUCUCACUCCUGUGUUCUUUAAUUGUAGCUACUUUUUCUUUUCUGCUUCCCGGUUUAGCUCUAUUAUUCAAUUCAAUUCUCGUUGAUGAUACAAAGACCUCUCGCGUUGUGUUUCUGAAUUCCUUUUGUUUUGUUGGAUAAUUUCGACUUCAACUCUCUAGCUACUUCCCAAUGGCUGCUGCUUUUUCUUCUUCUCAGAAGAGCUAUGAUGUCUUCCUCAGUUUCAGAGGAGACGACACCCGCAACAAUUUCACUGCCCAUCUCCUUCAGGAGUUGCGCACCAAAGGAAUCAACACUUUCUUUGAUGAGGAUAAGCUCGAGAAAGGUCGAGUCAUAUCCCCUGCACUCAUUACAGCUAUUGAAAACUCCAUGUUUUCUAUCAUUGUUUUGUCGGAAAACUAUGCAUCUUCUAGGUGGUGCUUGGAGGAGAUGGUCAAGAUACUAGAAUGCAAUAGAUCCAAGGAGGAGAGGGUUCUACCAAUUUUCUACAACGUGGAUCCAUCAGAUGUGCGGAAUCACAUGGGAAAAUUUGGAGAAGCCUUGGCUAAACAUGAAGAGAAUUUGGAGGAGAACGGGGAGAGGGUGAAAAUUUGGAGGGACGCUCUGACUGAAGUUGCAAAUUUAUCUGGCUGGGAUUCAAGGAACAAGAAUGAGCCUCUGCUAAUAAAAGAAAUCGUUAUAAAACUUUUGAAGAAGUUGUUAAAUACAUGGACAAGUGAUACUGAAGAGAACCUGGUUGGAAUACAGUCCCGCAUUCAAAAACUGAGAAUGCUAUUGUGUUUACAAUCAGAUGAUGUUCGGAUGGUAGGAAUUUGUGGUAUGGGUGGAAUAGGGAAAACAACCCUUGCUAGAGCUAUUUAUAGCCAAGUUUCUAACCAAUUUGAAGCUUGCUCCUUUCUUGAAAUUGCAAAUGAUUUCAAAGAGCAGGAUUUAACUAGUUUAGCAGAGAAACUUCUUUCUCAAUUAUUGCAGGAAGAAAAUCUCAAAAUAAAAGGAUCCACUUCUAUAAAAGCAAGGCUCCACUCAAGAAAGGUCCUUGUUGUUCUUGAUAAUGUGAAUAAUCUAACAAUAUUGGAACAUUUAGCUGGAAAUCAAGAUUGGUUUGGUCAAGGGAGUAGAAUUAUCGUAACUACUCGGGAUCAACGUUUGUUAAUUCAACAUAAAGUUGAUUAUUAUGAGGUUGCAGAAUUUAAUGGUGAUGAAGCAUUUGAGUUCCUCAAACAUCAUUCGUUAAAAUAUGAACUUCUUGAAAAUGAUUUACAGGAGCUUUCAAGAGAAAUAAUAUUUUAUGCUAAAGGCCUUCCAUUGGCUCUUAGAGUUUUAGGUUCUCUUUUAUUUGGCAUGAACAAAGACGAGUGGAGAGAUUACUUGGUCAAACUAAAAAGUACUCCUAAUAUAGAAAUUCAGGAAGUACUUAGAUUAAGUUACGAUAGGCUAGAUGAUGAAGAGAAGAAUAUAUUUUUGGAUAUUGCAUGUUUCUUUAAAGGAGAGGACAAAGAUCAUGUGGUGGAAAUACUGAAGGGUUGUGGCUUCUCUGCAAAAUGUGGAAUAAAAACUCUCAUUAACAAGUCUCUCAUAACUAUUAAUUUUGCUAACAAGUUGGAGAUGCAUGACUUAAUACAAGAAAUGGGUAAGGGUAUUGUUCGCCAAGAAUGUCCAAAAGAGCCUGAAAGACGAAGUAGAUUGUGGGAACAUGAAGAUAUCUUUGAUGUGUUGAAAAGAAAUAUGGGAAGUGAAAAAAUUGAAGGCAUAUUCCUCAACUUGUCUCAUUUAGAAGAUACACUAGACUUCACCAUUGAAGCCUUUGCUGGGAUGAAAAAACUUAGAUUGCUCAAAGUCUAUAAUUCUAAGAGUAUUUCAAGAGACUUCAGAGAUACCUUUAACAACAAGGUGAAUUGUAGAGUGCGGUUUGCCCAUGAAUUUAAGUUUUGUUCCAAUGAUUUGAGGUACUUAUAUUGGCAUGGAUACUCUUUGAAAUCAUUACCAAAGGAUUUCAGCCCAAAGCAUCUUGUUGAGCUCAGUAUGCCUUAUAGUCACAUUAAAAAACUUUGGAAAGGAAUCAAGGUUCUUGAAAGGUUAAAAUCCAUAGAUCUCAGCCACUCCAAGUACUUAAUACAAACUCCAGAUUUCUCAGGGAUCACCAACCUUGAACGUCUAGUUUUAGAAGGUUGUAUAAAUUUGCCUAAGGUUCACCCAUCACUUGGAGUUUUGAAGAAGCUAAAUUUCUUGAGUUUAAAAAAUUGCACAAUGCUUAGAAGGCUUCCAAGCAGCACUUGUAGUUUGAAAUCUCUUGAAACCUUUAUUCUUUCUGGUUGCUCCAAAUUUGAAGAAUUUCCAGAGAAUUUUGGGAACUUAGAAAUGUUGAAGGAGCUUCACGCAGAUGGAAUUGUGGUAAGAGUACUACCCCCCUCCUUUUUUUCCAUGAGAAACCUUGAAAAGUUAUCUUUCGGUGGAUGUAAAGGACCAGCAUCUGCCUCAUGGUUGUGGCCAAAAAGAAGUUCAAAUUCUAUUUGUUUCACGGUACCUUCUUCCUCAAACUUAUGCUCUUUAAAGAACCUAGAUUUAAGUUACUGCAAUAUAUCAGAUGGAGCAAAUGUUAGUGGCCUUGGCUUCUUAGUUUCACUUGAAUGGUUAAAUUUAAGUGGAAACAACUUUGUCACUUUGCCUAACAUGAGUGGACUCUCUCACCUGGAAACGCUUCGGUUGGGAAAUUGUAAAAGACUAGAGGCACUUUCACAGCUUCCAUCAAGCAUACGUUCUUUAAAUGCAAAAAAUUGCACAUCGUUGGGAACAACUGAAUUACUCAACUUGCUACUUACAACGAAGGUGCAUACUCUGCUGAGACCGCGGGAACUCGAAUCCCUAGAUUCUACAUUCGGUGUUGUGAUUCCUGGGAGUAGAAUACCAGAUUGGAUCAGGUAUCAGAGCUCGAGGAAUGUAAUUGAAGCAGACCUACCCCUAAAUUGGUCUACCAACUGCCUGGGUUUUGCAUUGGCUCUUGUCUUCGGUGGCCGGUUUCCUGUCGCUUAUGAUGAUUGGUUUUGGGCACGUGUUUUCUUGGACUUUGGCACAUGUCGCCGUUCUUUCGAAACUGGUAUUUCUUUCCCCAUGGAAAAUAGUGUUUUCGCUGAAGGGGAUCAUGUGGUUCUGACUUUUGCACCAGUUCAACCCUCACUCAGUCCGCAUCAAGUCAUUCACAUCAAGGCUACAUUUGCAAUAAUGUCCGUGCCGAACUAUUAUGAAAUUAAGAGAUGUGGGUUAGGUUUAAUGUAUGUUAAUGAAGAGGUGAAUUUCAAUUCUCUCUUCUCUACUCCUCCCCUAAUGAGUCAACUCUUGUCCUUAAAGAAAUCUCUGCGGGGGAACCCAUUGAAUGUGAGGACGUGACCAUGACUCAGAAUCAGAGGUUACCCAUCGAAAUAUGCUAUAUCUUAUUCUGAACCCACUUUUACUUUUGGAUUGCUUUUCUUUGUGGGAGUGGUUAUGGGAAUAUUAUGCUUCUUCUUUUGGAUGAAGGGAAUAGCCUUCGUAACCAAAAGGGAAACGCAGGAGACGUGAAAAAUAAAAAAUAGAAAACCCUUUUCAUCUGCCGCAGCCCUCCAAAUACUGCGGCAGAUCGCCUUCUACUCCUAAAAAAGUCCGAAUAGUGUUGAGUCGUUUAACUACCAAGUAAUUUCUAUGUUUCAGGUCCAAAAGUAAGCCCUAAGAUCUGGUGGGAUUCAUGAUGCUGAUUUCAGAGGUGUGGAGGCAUUAUGAUUUGCUGAUUUCAAGCCCUGAGGGACCUGGAUUCAAAUCCUAAUAUGGCAUCAUAUGACUGUGGUGACAGAAGGAAAGAGAAGAAAAAGAUGUGGGAUAAGAAUCUAAAACUACUGCAUAAAAUGAAAAUGAAGAGCCUGCUGUAUAUGGAGUGCCUUCUGUAGAAUCCAAGUCCAUUGGUUUCGGUUUUUCUGCUUCUUGUGCACUCUGCCCUGUUGAAGAGCCUUCUGAAUGCAUCAUCGUUGAACUGCUUUCUUCUCUGUCUGUAUCACUUGGUACCUGUUUCCUUCUUCCUGAACAUUGUUCCCAGUUGAAGAAUCCAGUGAGAGUCUCUUUGCUGGAAUACUUUCUUCAUCCUCUGGGUCCAUUGGUCCUUGUAUACUCUUUCCCUAUUGAAAAGUCCAGUGAGGGCUUUUUCGUUAGAGAAUCUACUGCAAAGUCUGGAUUGAUUGAUGCUUUGAUCUGUAUUUACAUAUCGAAAAAUGCAAAUCGAAGAAGGGAUGAUGGAAUGUGGCCUUUUGCAACCUUCACACUGCAGUUGCACCUUAUGCAGAUCUUUUGCACAUGCCAGUUUAUUGCAUUUUUCUUUUUUUUUUUUCCUUUUUUUUUUUUCAUUCUUGUUAUAGUCCACCGCUGAAAAUAAAUACUGUUUCAAACUAUUUGAGUUGUCAGGCUGCAUUAAGUGCAUUGGCUGCUCAUGCAAUUGAGCCCGGUGAAGCAGAAAGACAAGUUCUUGGCAUUAUCUUAGGGCAAGGUCAACAAAUGACUGAUGCUCUUCUUUCCACCACUACAUCCAAACUAGUUGUGGUGUUGGUGUUGCAGUUUUUUGGCUGAAUGCUUUAUCUUGCUUUCUCAUAUUCCAGGAUGAUUAUUUACAAUGGGUUGUUGAAAGUCAGAGAUUUAGUCUCCCCAAGGAAAUGGCAGAGUUCCCUUCUAGCUGAAUUUCUUGUUCCCUUAUGUAGUGUUUAAAAUUAGGAAUUUAAUCGACUGCUUCGGCAGUUACUGUAACUUGUGCUUUGGUUUAUGGUCCCAGGCCCAUGAGCCUUGAACCAUGAGCCUACACCUUGAAUCAUGAGCCUUCACUCGACUUAGUGUCUUAUUUUCAUGUGUAUACCUACUCGGUAUGAGUUUUAUAUGAUCAUCUCCGUUUCCCUCCUAAUUUAUAAUAUUUAUAUAAUAUUUUUAACAAUUUUCCUUAUCGUACAAUGAAAUCUAAUUUUAUAAGUACAUAUCAACAUAGGAAUAUUUUAUAAAGGGAUGAACAUAUUUUUGCAAAUAAAACAUCACUAUGGCACUUUUUUUUUUUUUUUUAAUAAUAGGAAAUUCUUUUACAAAAUAUGAUUCAAAUAGAAAAAUAAGGAAAACUUAUAAAUACACCCAAAAGAAAAUUUAGGCAAAGUGUUUGGUUUGAAUAGGGAAUGCAUGGGAACCAAUAUUUUUUUCAUGCAUCCCACUCGAUAGCAAGACUUGGACGGUAACAAAAUUUGUCUUUCAAAACUAAUUUUUUAAUUGAGUUUUGGGGUUACAAUUUAUUUUAUUUAUAUUUAAAAGUAAAAACAAAAUAAGAGAGCAAAUCAUGUGUCUCCUUAAACAACAAAGCAAGUUCACAAACUAGAAAUGAGUGUGAGGGUUAGGUUACUUAGGUUACAUGUCUCUAAAGAAAAUAAUGUGAAUACAUCAUAAUCAUACAUUUAUUUCUUUCCAAAGUUUUUUAAUGUGACUAUAAGAUAUGAAAAGAUCAACAAGAUUCUUUGGAUUAAAAUCAUUAGGUAGUGAUCUCAAAGGGUAUCUAUGCAAAUAUGGGUAUCUAUCCAAAGAGUAUCUUUCGAUUAAAAUUUAUCAACACAUAACUAUUUAAAUCAAAAUAAUUCUUGAUUUCUAAUCUUAAUUUGUUUACAAAAAAUAAAUUUUAUAUUUUUUGCUCUUCCCAUAUUUUUUUUCAAUACAUCAUAGAUAUCUUCAUAGAACUAUAAUCUAUUGUGUUUACCAGGCUCUUCAAGGAAUUGUUGACGAACAAUUUCCCUACCCAUUUCUUUUAUUAGGUCAUGCAUCAUCAACUUAUUUGAAAAAAUGGUUAUGAGUGACCUAUCAAUGAGAGCUCGUGUUCCACUAAGUGAGAAGAAGCUGCAACCAUCUAGUAUUUCCAUUACAUAAUUUUUAUCUUCUCCUUUAAAGAAACAUGCAAUGUCUAGAAAUAUAUUUUUCUCCUUGUCAUCUAGCCCAUCAUAACUUACUUUAAGUACUUCUUGAAUUUUCAUAUUAGGGGUACUUUUCAAUUUGUCUAAUUGAUUUCUCCAUUCUUCUUUGGUCAUGCUAAAUAAAAAAGAGCCUAAAACUUCUAGAGCCAAUGGGAGGCUUUGAGCAUAACCUAUUACUUCUCUUGAAAGUUCCAUGAAAUCAUCUCUAAGAAUUUCAUGUUUUAACAAAUAAUGUGAAAGGAACCUUUGAGCUUCAUCAUAAUUAAAUCUCGACCAAACCACUCCUGGUUUCCAACCAAGCAUUUCAAUAUUAUUGGAUCAUUCUCAUUAUCAAGAACAAUAAGGACCUUUUUCGAGUGAAGCCUUUCCUUUAUAGAUAUGAGUACCUUAAUAUUUAGAUUUGGUUUCUCCAAUAGUUGAGCAAGAAACUUUUGUUGUAAUCUUAUUAAACCCUCAUUUUCCAAAUCCUCCUCAACAUUUUCAAAAAAACAACACACUUCAAAGUGACCACUGAUUUUUCUGUAAAUAGCACUAGCAAGGGUUGUUUUCCCUAUUCCGCUCAUACUCCAAAUUCCUACUGUAGACCCUCAAUUUUGUCCCUUGACACUUGCAUGUAUCUUGGGGGUAUCGCCCGCACCCAACCUUUGUAUGUCACGACCAUGGGGCCCUUGUUGGGGUUAAUCGGUUUUCGGACAUCACGUGAGUCCACCUAUGGUUAGAUUUAGUGCGAGCAUUUGGUCCAUUAUGAAAUGUCGUCAUGGUCAAUUCCUUGGUUUGUAUCAUACUACAGGUUAGAAGUUAAGGUCUUCAUAAAGAUUGUAGUUCAGUUGAAGUUUGCUAAAGCCCAUCCAAGUCGGGAGCACUCUGGCUUGUUUUAGUUAUUUCUCUCUUAUCCGAGCUCGGAAUUGCGCACCUUGUUUUUUUUUUGUUGGAUUACUUAUUCCUCGAGGGACACUCUAUCAAAAUUUGAGAAUUUUUCUCAACCGCAUCGAUCGAUUGGUUUUUUUGGUGUUCUUGUCACCCUAGGCCCAUUUAGAUGCAGCUGGCCCAUUAGGUGUACUCCUAAGUCACUUGGCACGUUUUUUGAUCACUUGGAUAUCUCCUUGGUUUAGUUUCCACUUAAUUCACCUUGGCACUUUCCACUUAGGUCACAUAGGUCACUUAGAUAUUUUUUGUGAGCUUAAUCCCCUAAGAUUAGUUUCUUGAUUGAUGGAUUUUUUGUAUCUUCAUCUUCACCUUUGUAUCUCUAUUAGGUGGUUUUUACUCAUUCUUACAUCUAUACUGUAAUGAGUUUUCUUAUUUCAUCAAGUGUCUCUCCUCACAUUUCUAUCUCAUUUUUCUCAUAAAUUUUUCCACAUAGAAUAUUUAUCUUUCUUGCUAAAUGAAGUAAGUAAUAUCCACAAAUGAAGUUCGGAGACUUCAGAUAGGUAGAACCCAAGUUUUACUUAGGUAGUACCUAAGGUCAGUUAAGGUAGUACCUAAGGUAGAACCCAAGUUUGACAACCAAUGGAAAAACGUACAGGGACCUGGAUUCAAAUCCUAAUAUGGCAUCAUAUGAAUCUAAAACUACUGCAUAAAAUGAAAAUGAAGAGCCUGCUGUAUAUGGAGUGCCUUCUGUAGAAUCCAAGUCCAUUGGUUUCAGUUUUUCUGCUUCUUGUGCACUCUGCCCUGUUGAAGAGCCUUCUGAAUGCAUCAUCGUUGAACUGCUUUCUUCGCUGUCUGUAUCACUUGGUACCUGUUUCCUUCUUCCUGAACAUUGUUCCCAGUUGAAGAAUCCAGUGAGAGUCUCUUUGCUGGAAUACUUUCUUCAUCCUCUGGGUCCAUUGGUCCUUGUAUACUCUUUCCCUAUUGAAAAGUCCAGUGAGGGCUUUUUCGUUAGAGAAUCUACUGCAAAGUCUGGAUUGAUUGGUAAGAGUUCCUUUGUUUCCUUUAUUUGCUGCUUUUAUGUCUUUUGAUCAUGGCCUCCUGUAUUUGUAAGAUGCUUUGAUCUGUAUUUACAUAUCGAAAAAUGCAAAUCGAAGAAAGGAUGAUGGAAUGUGGCCUUUUGCAGCCUUCACACUGCAGUUGCACCUUAUGCAGAUCUCUUGAACUCCCAUAGUAGGUGGCAUUUUGCACAUGCCAGUUUAUUGCUUUUUUCUUUUUUGUUUUUUCAUUCUUGUUAUAGUCCACCGCUGAACAUAAAUACUGUUUCAAACUAUUUGAGUUGUCAGGCUGCAUUAAGUGCAUUGGCUGCUCAUGCAAUUGAGCCCGGUGAAGCAGAAAGACAAGUUCUUGGCAUUAUCUUAGGGCAAGGUCAACAAAUGACUGAUGCUUUUCUUUCCACCACUACAUCCAAACUAGUUGUGGUGUUGGUGUUGCAGUUUUUUGGCUGAAUGUUUUUUCUUGCUUUCUCAUAUUCCAGGAUGAUUAUUUACAAUGGGUUGUUGAAAGUCAGAGAUUUAGUCUCCCCAAGGAAAUGGCAGAGUUCCCUUCUAGUCCCAUAGGCAAAAUUCACAAAGGGGUAUUUUCAACCUGGAUGAAGGCAGUAUUGAAGCAUUAAAUAUGUUGCUUUUGCACAACUUGGAUGCAUAAAAAAGGUUGAAGAAGAUAAAUCAGCUUUUGAGGUUCAAGCGAAGGUCAAUCUUGAAGUGAAAGUCUACCUUGACCCAGUCAUCAUUGCAGAAAUCCAAGCUUGACCCAAAGUUGAAGGGCAUUGCAGCAAAGUCUCCUCAUCUUUGUACCUACACCUUGAACCAUGAGCCUUCACUCCACUUAGUGUCUUAUUUUUUUCUCCUGUGUAUACCUACUCGGUAUAAGCUUUAUAUGAUCAUCUCCGUUUCCCU